AUGAAAUUCUCUUCCAUCGCCAGCGCUGCGACAGCGCUCCUCGUCUCAAGCGGUUUCGCCAGCGCUGCAUACUCCAUCGCUUCCGACGAUGACAUCAAGGCCACCACAAAAGGUCUCGCCUACGACCUCAUGAGCUUCUACGAUGGUAACUUGACUGGCCACACGCCCGGUAUUUUGCCCGGUCCUCCGCCAGCCGGUGAUUACUACUGGUGGGAAGCUGGUGCCAUGUGGGGAACUAUGAUCGACUACUGGCACUUGACUGGCGAUUCGACCUACAACGACGUUGUCAUGCAGGCCAUGCUUCACCAGGUCGGACCCGACCGCGACUACAUGCCUCCUAAUUACACUGCCUCCCUGGGUAACGACGACCAAGGUUUCUGGGGCAUGUCUGCCAUGACUGCUGCCGAGGACGGUUUCCCUAACCCACCCGAGGAUGAGGCUCAAUGGCUGGCUCUCGCCCAAGCUGUUUUCAACACCAUGGCCAGUCCCGACAGACACGAUAACACUUGCGGAGGCGGUCUCCGCUGGCAAAUUCCUCUCUCCAACAACGGAUAUAACUACAAAAACAGUAUCGCAAACGGCUGCUUCUUCAACAUUGGUGCCAGACUAGCCCGGUACACCAGGAACCAGACGUAUGCCGAUUGGGCCGAGAAGACCUGGGACUGGAUGACAUCCGUUGGUUUCAUCGAUGCCGACUACAACAUUUACGAUGGUGGUCACGUUGAGCAGAAUUGUACCGAUAUCAACAAGGCCCAGUUCUCUUACAACAACGGCGUUUUCAUCCUCGGCGCUGCCAUGAUGUAUAACUACACGGACGGCGCCGCCGCGUGGAAGACACGCUUGGACGGUCUUAUCGAAGGAACUUUGAAAAUUUUCUUCCCCAACAAUAUUGCAUAUGAGAUUGCUUGCGAGGAGCACAACACCUGCACAACCGAUAUGCUGAGUUUCAAGGGCUACGUCGCCCGAUGGAUGUCGGUCACGACGCAGAUUGCACCAUACACUGCCGACAAAAUUCUCCCAGUUCUCAAGACGUCUGCAGAUGCUGCUAUCAAGCAGUGCACAGGGCAGGAUAACCAACGAACGUGUGGCUUCAAAUGGAGCUCCGGCGUGUACGACGGCACCAAGGGUGCUGGCCAACAGAUGAACGUGCUCGGCGCCGUAUCAUCUCUGCUCAUCGGCAAUGUGAAGGCACCAGUAACAAACACCACUGGUGGUAUCUCCAAGGGAGACCCCAACGCCGGUAGUCACUCGGACAAUUUACUCGGCACAGAAACGCCAGUCACAACGGCAGAUAAGGCCGGCGCUGGCAUCCUGACCUUCCUGCAGCACCACGGUCCUGCUGGCGAGUCAUGCUCGCAACAGGGAUAUACCAGCGUCGAGGCCAAGGACGGCCUGGUUUGUAUUUACUUGGCGUUGACGAUUGUACAUUUGUCCCAAACCGAAUAUUGGGCAAUGCGGUUGUUGGAUUUGGUUCCAUUCUUCACACUCCCCUGCGGUAGUAAUGGGCACUGGAUAGCUCACGAUAAAGUCCACCAGCGCCAUGACGCCAUCUCGUCCGAGGUUGGGGCACUCGCUGGGCUCAGGCGCUGGACCUGUCAUCUGCACACGCAAACUUUGGGUGCUGGCGCACUGCUGCUUCGCACGGCUGAGCAUAUCGGACGGUUGUUCUGCCCCUCUGACCAGACGUUACAGUCUACGUCAUCUCGAAAGCUGUCGUCCUAUCCUGCAGCGGCAGCCGUUUCAGCAAAGACGUUCGAGAAGGAAUUUUGGGAACAAUGCCGAGUCCCCUUGAUAAUUCUGGCCGAUGUUUCUCCGCCAAUCACAGGGCCGGAGAGACUCAUGGACGAUCCCUCUCUCAGUGAAACCCACAGGACUAUUGUUGACAACGUUUCUCAAUUUAGCUCAUUCCGGUCUUUUCUUCUCAGAUUGAUUGGGCAUCCUCUUUCCUCCUCCAUCUAUAAAGAGUCUCGCUUGACCAGUCAUAAUCCCUGCCACCGAAAAACCACCGGGAGUUCAGCAAGCAUGCCGAUCCCGGACUUUGCCAACGAGGCAAUCUUCCCAAUCUUUGAGGGCCUCCCCAUCGAGGAACCCGGCGCCGCCGAUCCGCCCUCCUACGCCGCAUCCUCGGAGCCGCCCUCGUAUGCGCCGGCCCCCUCCGACCCGCCAUCCUACACGGACUCCCAAUCCGGCUCCGGCACCGCCAAAGCCUCCGCUUCCUCAUCCUCCUCCACGGCAGUCACGAGACCAUCCUCCCACGACGCACGCGAAGAAUGGUUCCUCAUAGCGCAGGUAAAACAGAACAUGACCAUCACGAAACCGACGCUCGUGGUCGUCGAUCGUCAGCAGACGGAGUUCGCCGUCACGUUUGAGGACCGCGGGAUCGAUUUGCGGCCCGUCAAGGGCGGGUGGACGAUUGUCGUGCCGCGCGGGGUGAGGACGGCGCCGAAGGGCGGGAAGAGGGGGGUUGUUAGGGUGCCGGAGGGGAAGGGGACGGGGGUGAAGUAUAUCCCUGGCGGGCUGGAGCAGAUUGGGGAGUUGGGGUCGCGGGUGAGGGAGGAUGGUGGGCGGUGGUUGAGGGAGUGCGCUGGGUGUGGGAAGGGGGCUGGAGAGGGUGAGACGUUGAAGAGUUGUACUGCUUGUGUUGUUGCGAGGUAUUGUGGCAAGGUGGGUCUUUACUUGAACUUCACUCUCGAAUGCCAGAAGGAGGAUUGGAAGAGGCACAAGGGGGACUGCAAGGUUCUCAAGGGCAUGGCGAACGCACCUGUGACUAGAGAAGUGGUAGUGGACAAGUUCAAGUCCGUUGCAUUGAUGAUAGAAAUCACUGUUGAGCGACCUGGGGACAACCUAAGCCAAAUUCUCUCCAACAAACAUCAACAUGUAACGAGAACGUACAAGAACGUCAAAUGA